GUGUCGCUGCAUUGAUCGCACCAUGUGAAGAGAAAAAAAAAAAAAGGAUGGAGAUAGCUCUGCGGUCGAAGAGCACGAUCAUGUUUAAAGCUCAGGUGUGGUGAAGCAUCGGGAUGGAUGAGGCGUUCCUGACGGACCUGCUCGAGUGCUCUGUCUGUCUUGAGCAGCUAGACAGCACAAGCAAAGUACUUCCUUGCCAGCACACCUUCUGCAGGCGCUGCCUGGAUGAGAUCGUUCACUCGCACAAGGAACUUCGUUGUCCGGAAUGCCGGAUACUGGUUGAGUGCUCAGUGGAUGAGCUCCCGCUCAACAUCCUUCUGGUCCGUCUUCUGGAGGGCAUCAAGAACAACCCACGACUUGGUGGCGGCAGCAGCAGUGGCGGCAGCCGGUCGCCUUCGGGUGCCCUCCUGGGCAGUUCCUCUCUCAUCGGCCAUGUGAGGCCCCUGCUGGCCAGCCAGCCCUUGUCAGCUAGUCCACGAGGGGACACCACCUCGGGUCGCGGCGAUGGGGUGCGCACUCUUGUCAAGCAACUGGUGCCGCAAAUGCCCUGUGCCAAAGCCCUCUACUCCUAUGAUGCCAAGGACCCAGGGGACUUGGCAUUCCGCAAGGGGGACAUAAUAGUUCUGCGCAAGCGUGUGGACCAGAACUGGUUCCACGGGGAGCUGGGCGGCAAACAAGGCUUUGUGCCAGCCAGCUAUGUCCAAGUGGUUGUGCCCCUGCCAUCUCAUAUCCCUCAGUGCAAAGCCCUCUACGACUUCCGCAUGGGUGACAACGAUGAGAAGGAUUGCCUGACGUUCCUCAAGGGUGAUGUGAUUACUGUGAUUCGGAGGGUGGACGAAAAUUGGGCUGAAGGAAAACUGGGGGACCGAAUUGGAAUCUUCCCGAUAUCGUUUGUUGAGAUGAAUGCCGCUGGAAAGGCGCUAAUGAAGCUGUCUAACAAUGUUCAAGUGGGUCCUUCGAGAGUUGCCCCUCCAACGCCUAAUUCUGAAGCACCAAGCCAAACAGUCAUUCCAGCUGGUAGCACUCCAUCAGCUGGCGAAUCUCAGUCAAGCACAACAUCUCCUGCAUCAUCAUCCCCAAGCCCUGGCACGCCACCAUCCACAUCACCUCCACUGCCAGCAUGCCAGCCCAGAGAAAAGCGGCACUCACUCUCCGCCAUCAACCCGCCAGCUUCAAGCAAUGGAAGCAAUCCUCAGGCUCCCCAUCGGCAUUCGAUGGAGGUGCUGAACACAUGCACUGAGGUCGCGUCACAGCCCAGCUCACCGCCCCAGGGGCAGGCAGCCUCUCCAAGCAGGAUUCCCACAGCAUCAUCAAAGCCGGCCCCCGUGACAUCUCAAGGGUCAGCAGGUGAGCCGUCGUCUGCACGGGUGGUGCGUCGACACAGUGGACGCAAGGAACGAGAUGCGUCUUCUAUAAAUCCGCCAGGAAUACCCUUGCCACCGCCGGAACAGCCAGCAACCCUGCUGGCACCUUUGACUCAGCAGCAGCCAAUGCAACCAGCACAACAUGCCACUAUUGCUUCAUUUUACGUGGCUCUCUACAGCUACAAACCGCAGAAAGAAGACGAGCUGGAACUACGCAAGAAUGAGCUUUACUCAGUGACAGAGAAGUGCCAGGAUGGCUGGUUCAAAGGCACCUCACUGCGCACGGGCCUCUCUGGAGUUUUUCCCGGAAACUAUGUUCAGCCAGCCAAGUCAUCGAGCAGUGGCUUUUCAUCAGCACUGCUGCCCCUACCACAGCAGCAGCCACAACAGCAGCAGCAGCAGCAACAGCAGCAGCAGCAUCAGCAGAUGGGCACACGAAUUCCUGCCCCCAGCUCACCUCGCCCACGGUUGUGCGCACCGCAGCAGGUACCUAUGGUUCCUGGUGGACCACCUCCUUUCCUCGGCGGGCAGGGCUCCAGCCCCCUGCUUGCCGAGUGGGCCUUGGUGGCUCCGCCACAGAGGACUCCACUUACCACGACCCCAAGUCCCUUGGGACACAAACCCCCGGUGAGCCAUGGCCCUGUGGCCCUGCAGAUGCAGCAGCUGGGCGUGGCCAAGGCAGUGGCUGUCACCACAGGGAGCCCUGCUUCUUCCCAGGCUUCCUCGGGGAGUGCUGGCCCCACUGGCGGCCAUUGGUUGCUCGCGUGGCCUCCCUCUUCGGUUUCUUCUUAUGGGUCAGGCAGCGGUGCCUCCACAUGGGUGCCUGCUUGUGCUACGCCCACUCGCAACCCCGCUGUUGCCGUUACGACCUCUGUGGGCGCCGGCAGUGGCAGCACCCAGGCCAGCAGUGCUGGUGGGGUGGCCACAUCCAAUACGCCCGGCUGCUCCAGCUCAUCUGCGACUGCCACCUCCUCCAGUGCCCUGGCUCCAUCUGCUUCAGCGACACGUCUGGAAAAGCAGAAGGAGCGCAAGGAAAAGGAGAAGAUAAGCCUGAUGAAGCGGCUCACAGCCAAGCGCAGAUCGCGCUCACCUCCUCCACCCAAUUUUUCCUGCGACAACCCGAGUUUCGUGGACAGCUCAGCAGCAGCGGGCCAGCCCUCUCUGCAGCCACCCAGUGCUGUGCCUGUCGUGCACAUCAGGUCUGGCUCGUGUCCGAGUGAGGUUUUAGGCAACCAGCAGGCACUGCACAAGAAGACCAGCUCCCUGGAUGGAAACGACAGCCUCAAGGCGAGGCCCAAGCAGCCUGCUCCUCUUGUGAGGGAAAGGUUUCGCUGCAUUGUGCCUUACCCUCCGAACAGCGAGUAUGAGCUCGAGCUCAAGCAGGGAGACGUCGUGUAUGUGCACAAGAAGCGGGAGGAUGGCUGGUUCAAAGGCACGCUGCAGAGGACGGGAAAGACUGGACUCUUCCCUGGCAGCUUUGUUGAGAGCUUCUGAGACAC